AUGGCUGAAGAACCCUCAUCUGUCCCCCUCAGAGGGGAGGGUCCUUCCCUGGAUGCAGCACAAUUUAUGACUGCCACCCAGAUCCAGGACUUAAUUAAUAAGUCAGUCCAAGCGGCCCUGGCCUCAUCCAUAAUGCCCUCUGGCCUGCAACAACAGGUUUCCAAUAUCUCGGCUCCCCUUCAUGGCGGAGAUCCACAUGUAAAAAAGGGCAAGGCUUCCCAUAAAAGGAAGCACAUCUCUGACUCCCCGGCAGGGGAAGACAAUAACAUGCUCCAGACAGCCCCUACCCCGGUCUGUCAACCCCAGCAUCCCUCUGACUCCGCUCGACCCCUGGGCCUCGGGGAGUUACAUGGCAAGAGGCGUAAGUCCGCUAAGCGCACUAAACCCGACUCCUAUGUAGACUCCUCUACUGAGGACUCUUCGGGUUCAUCUAAUGAGUCUGAGGACUACGAGUCAGACCCCAAUAUUGAACAGGAUGCUGGGGAUACGGCGCUCGUCACCGACGCCAACCCUGCCAUGCAGGGCAAUGUUGUCCUGGAUUCCACAGGAGAGCCCCUUUUUCACCCAGACGCAAUCUCCCAUCCGAGAUCAGGCGACUGGUCUCCACUUCCCCACGUGGCCCAAUAUGUAGAGCUCUGGGCUCGUAAAUCCCUGGAUAGGUCCAGCCGUAAUAAGCUGAGGGCAGAAUGCCCUAGACCCUUUAUCCCCAAUAAGGUGGUGGCUACCCCGGAGGUGGACCCCAUCCUGAUGAAAUACUUAUUAAAAUCGGGUAAAUUUCCUAAGAAGGGAAUAGAACGUUCCUUCGAAACCAUACAGGAGCGUAUCCUGGAUUUAAUGGGUCCACUCACUAAGAUCCUUAAUUUAGCCGAGCAUGCUGCGGCGUCGGAAGAACCCGUGGACGUCCGUCAGCUCCGCGGCUGGGCCCAGAGAGCCAUUUGCCUGAUAAGGCCCAAACUUCCCUUAAAAAAUCGGGGUCCAGUAAAAUUUUUCCCCGGGCCGGCAGAAGUAGAGGCCGAUCUGCCGGCCGUUCUGCUCCCUACAGGCCACAGGGCAGACCAGUGGCCCAAUACCAGUAUUCCCAGGCUCCUCCUUCCUACACCGUUCCAGUGGUCCAACCAUCCCCAUUCUUCCCUCCUCGUGGUCGACCCUGGAGAAGUCGUGGCGGACGUGGAUACCCCCGCUCCCGUCCUUCUACCGGUGAGUGUACCAUACAGACCACUUUCUCAUAUACCUGUGGGGGGGCGACUGAUGUAUUUUUCCCAAGCCUGGUCUGCGAUUACGGCAGACGUGUGGGUCCUUCAGACAGUGGCGGGGUUUCACCUAGAACUCCAGUCCUUACCGGUUCUGGGUGUAAUUCCAACCCCUAUCCGGUUCUCGGAGCAAAACGCGAUCCUCAUAGACAACGAGGUGCGAGAUCUCCUGUCCAAACAUGCGAUCAUGGAGUCCGACCCAUCUUCCCUAGGGUUCAUAAGCAACCUCUUCCUAGUGAGGAAGAAAGGGGGCGGCUACCGCCCGGUCAUAAACCUGAGAGACCUAAACCAACAUGUCAUGUUUCGCCAUUUCAAAAUGGAGGGAAUUCACUCACUCCGGGAUCUUUUGCUGCCAGGAGACUGGCUGGUGAAGGUGGACUUGAAGGACGCCUACCUUACCGUUCCCAUACACCCGGAGUCACAACAGUUCCUCCGUUUUCUUUGGAGGGGCAGAUUGUGGCAGUUUACGUGCCUUCCGUUCGGCCUAUCAUCCGCCCCGUGGUGCUUCACCAAACUGAUGAAACCGGUGGUGGCGGCUCUGAGGAGCAGGGGGGUUCGUCUGAUCAUUUACUUAGACGACCUUCUUAUCAUGGCCCGAUCCAAAUCUCAGGCCUCUCUUCACAUGUCGUGGACAAUAUCGUUGCUACAUACUCUAGGCUUCGUGGUCAACCGAGAAAAGUCGGUUCUCGUCCCGGCUCAGGAAAUGGAGUUCCUGGGUUUCUUGGUGGACACCAAUCGCGCACUACUGCGGCUCCCCAAGUCCAAACUAGCCCUGAUCCGCAAAGAAAUCAAGGCGGUUUUGUGCAAAGGAUGCUUGUCAUUAAGGAUUCUGGCGCGCCUGGUGGGGCUCCUGGCGGCUUCCAUCCAGGCCAUCUUUCCGGCCCCCCUGCACUACCGAGCCCUUCAGAGGCUCAAGAUCUUACAUCUGCGCCAGGGUCUCAGGUACGCGGACAAAGUACCCCUCUGUCCGGCGGCUACCGAGGAGUUACAUUGGUGGCUUCGUCAUGCGGUCGAGUGGAAUGGCAAGGCCAUUUUCAACCCGCGUCCGGACGUCAUCAUAGAGUCGGACGCGAGCCGUCUUGGCUGGGGCGCUCGAUGCGGGGAGAUUUCCACAGGAGGGACUUGGUCCGCCUCGGAAGUCGACCUGCAUAUCAAUGCACUGGAGCUUCUGGCGGCUUUCUUUGCCGUCAAGAGCUUCAUGCCUCGUUCGUCCAACUGUUGUGUGUUAUUACGCAUGGACAACGUGGCGGCGGUUCAGUACGUCAACCGCUUGGGGGGUACCAGAUCCAAGAUCCUGGCAGACCUGGCCAAGGAAUUUUGGCACUUUUGCCUAGCUCGCAACAUUAUCCCGGUAGCAGAGUACAUUCCAGGGGUCUCCAACACGGUGGCCGAUUGGAAUUCUCGCUACCUUCUCGAUUCCAGCGACUGGCGCCUGGAUCGUUCAAUUUUUCUGCAGUUGCUUCAUCUUUGGGGCCCGUUAUGCGUGGACCUUUUCGCUUCUCGUCUCAACCACCAACUGCCUCGUUUCUUCAGCUGGAGACCGGAUCCAGAAGCGUCUGCGGUAGACGCUCUCCGCCUCCUCUGGCCGAGGGGAACUCACUAUGCCUUUCCUCCUUUCCAGUUGAUCCCCAGGGUCCUCUUGCAUACGACGAACCAGAGGGCGACGGUUGUGCUGAUCACACCUUGGUGGCCGACACAACCAUGGUUCCCUCUUCUUUUGGGGAUGAUCGUGGAUUAUCCCCGACUGUUACCCCAAGUUCCUCACCUUCUCACCAACCCGGCCGGGAGUCUCCAUCCCCUGGUGAUGGAGGGCAACCUGCCUCUCCUAGCGUGGUUGGUUUCGGGAUCCCGGACACGGAUCAAGACCUUUCAAGAUCAGCUAGGGAUCUCCUCGCCCUGGCCUGGGCCCCCGGGACUAGAUCGGCAUAUCGAUCAGCCUGGAGACUCUGGGUUCGUUGGUGUGAUCAACGGCAGGUUGAUCCCGUACAUGCACCUGUGUCUGUAGUAGUAAACUUUCUGGCAGAUUCUUUUGAGUCUGGCAAAUCCUAUAGCUCCAUUAAUGUGUACCGAUCGGCUAUUGCGGCUUAUCACUGCCCUGUGGACUCUUUGCCGAUUGGCAAACACCCGCUGGUUUGUAGACUUUUACGCGGUAUUAAAUUUAAACGUCCCCCUCGGCCUAGGUAUCAAUCGACCUGGGAUGUCUCCAGGUUGCUCGAUAUGUUUGCCUCAUGGGUGGACAAUGACGACCUUUCCCUGAAACUGUUGUCUUAUAAACUGUCGGUCCUUCUUUGUUUGGUAUCCAUCAAACGUGUCUCAGACGUGAAAGCUUUGGAUAUCUCUAGGCGACAAUUUUCGCCUCAGGGAGUCAAAUUCUCGGUGGUCCGUAGGACCAAGACAGGUAUUCACUCGGUUUUUUACCCGUUUUUUCCCGCGCAUCCACGGCUUUGCGUGGUUCGUUGUUUACAGGCGUACGAAUCACAGACGGCGGAUCUGCGCUCUCCGGAUUUCUCUCAGCUCCUGGUCUCAUAUGUCAGACCACAUCAUCCAGUUUCCUCCGCUACUCUAGCACGCUGGGUGCGGUCUGCCAUGGAGAUGGCAGGUAUAGAUGUGUCUCUGUUUGGAGCUCACUCUUCCAGGGGUGCUAUGGCUACGAAAAUCGUCACAUCAGGGGGCUCCCUCUCUGACUUAUUGAUGGCGGCCGAUUGGUCUUCGGAGACCACCUUUCGCCAUUUCUACUUCAGGCCGGAGGACCACGUGUCUAUGUCAGUCUUAUAAUACUCUGAUUGUUAUUGUUCUUACUGUCAUUGCUGGUUGUUAGCUUUGAACUUGCAUAAGAUAUGAGCCUCCUGUCUGAUAUAUAAAUCGAGAUUUUCCUAGCUUGUGACGGAAAAUAUUAGUUAUAUGAAGACAGGAGGCGAGUAUCUUCCC